UCAGACGUCAAAGGCUGGACCGGAAGUUCACUCUGACUGCUGAUCUGUAAACACUGUGACUAGGCAUCAGCUGAUCGAGGCAGUGGAUCACUCUGGCUAGGGAUUUGUGUUUGCAUGGGCGGCUUUGCUCGGGUUACAGUGCACGAGCUGCUGGUGAGGAUCAGCUUGCAGCAGUGAGGGAUGAUGAUCUGCUGCUCGAGUGGAGCACAGGAACAUUACACAGAUACUCCUCUAUAUCUGCUCAGGUAGAAGGUUUUGUCCCAAGUCGCAAAUAUGAAGUACAUCCUGGUCACGGGUGGUGUUAUAUCUGGAAUUGGUAAAGGCAUUAUUGCCAGCAGUGUGGGAACAAUCCUCAAAUCCUGCGGCCUCCACGUCACCGCCAUCAAGAUCGAUCCUUACAUUAAUAUUGACGCAGGCACGUUCUCCCCCUAUGAGCACGGUGAAGUGUUUGUGCUGGAUGAUGGCGGUGAAGUUGAUCUGGAUUUGGGAAACUAUGAACGCUUUCUGGAUAUCCGGCUGACCAAAGACAACAACCUGACUACUGGGAAGAUUUAUCAGUCUGUUAUAACGAAAGAGAGGAGAGGAGAUUAUCUUGGCAAAACUGUGCAAGUGGUACCACACAUCACCGAUGCCAUUCAGGAAUGGGUAAUGCGCCAAGCCAAAGUGUCAGUGGAUGAUGAUGGGGUCGAGCCACAAGUCUGUGUCAUAGAGUUAGGAGGCACCGUGGGAGACAUUGAAAGCAUGCCUUUCAUAGAAGCCUUCAGGCAGUUCCAGUUCAAAGUGAAGCGUGAGAACUUCUGCAACAUUCACGUCAGUCUCGUUCCUCAGCCCAGUACUACAGGAGAGCAGAAGACUAAACCUACACAAAACAGCGUGCGAGAGCUCCGUGGUCUGGGUCUGUCACCUGAUCUGAUCGUUUGCCGUUGUUCUACACCUCUGGACACUGCAGUGAAAGAGAAGAUCUCAAUGUUUUGUCAUGUAGAGCCAGAGCAGGUCAUCUGCAUACAUGAUGUGUCCUCAGUCUAUAGAGUUCCACUGCUCAUGGAGGAUCAGGGGAUGGUGGAAUUUUUUUGCAGACGGCUGAACCUGCCCAUUGAGACAAAACCCCGCAGGAUGCUCACCAAGUGGAAAGAAAUGUCAGACAGAACUGACCGCCUUUUGGAAAGCACAACGAUCGCAUUAGUUGGAAAGUACACCAAAUUUUCAGACUCCUACGCGUCAGUGAUUAAAGCACUGGAACAUUCUGCCCUUGCAAUCAACUACAAGCUAGAGGUGAAAUUUAUAGACUCUUCAUAUCUGGAGCAGAGCACAGAGCAGGAAGAACCGGUGAAGUAUCACGAGGCCUGGCAGAAGCUCUGCAGUGCUGAUGGUAUUUUGAUACCAGGAGGCUUUGGGGUACGAGGCAUUGAGGGAAAAAUUCACGCUAUUAACUGGGCAAGGAAACAGAAAAAGCCCUUUUUAGGUGUGUGUCUGGGCAUGCAGCUCGCUGUGGUUGAAUUUGCUCGCAAUGUGCUUGGCUGGAAAGAUGCCAACUCCACUGAAUUUGAUCCUGACACAAAGUACCCUGUAGUGAUUGAAAUGCCAGAACAUAAUCCGGGACAAAUGGGUGGCACUAUGAGGUUGGGGAAACGGCGAACCAUCUUCAAAAGCACCUCAAGUAUUCUCAGAAAAUUGUAUGGAGACGCUGAAUAUGUCGAUGAGCGACACAGACACCGUUUUGAGGUGAAUCCGGCACUAAAGCACCACUUGGAGGAAAAAGGUUUCCGCUUUAUGGGCCAGGACCAAGAGGGUGAACGAAUGGAAAUCAUUGAAAUUGAAGAUCACGCUUACUUUGUGGGAGUGCAGUACCAUCCGGAGUUCACCUCUCGCCCCAUUAAGCCUUCACCACCCUACUUUGGCCUGCUUUUAGCAGCUGCAGGAAAACUACAGAGCUACCUGCUCAAAGGGUGCAGACUUUCACCACGAGACACAUACAGUGACCACAGUGGCAGUAGUUCUCCAGAUAUGGAGCUCUCUGAACUCAGAUUCCCAUCAUCCUCAUAGAAGGGAUACGGUCACACACAAUGGACUUACACAAAGGGAAAUUAAAAGCUUCUUACUUUUAUCUUCAGCUGAAGACAAAUCCUGUCAUCCUGUCUGAGAACCAUCAUAGCUUAUUAUAGUUUAUUAUUUAUACUGAUUGUACUACUGAUAAUUUUGGAUGAGAGUGGAAGAGACCUAUUGCCUUUUAAAGGUGUUAUUAUUUUACACCACCGCUACAGCAGAACACAAAAUGAAUUAAUGAAUUUAAAUACAACAUUUAAAUGACCAUUUAUAUAUUAUAGAGUCUUGGGGUCUAAAGAAAAAUUUAUAUGUGUAUAAAAAUAUAUUUUGCACAUGUGGAGAGAUCACUAGAGCUUACAUCUUUUAUUAAUAUGUAACCUCAGAUAGGAGAAAUAAAAAAUGUAAGCUGAUAUUGGGUUGGUCACUAAACUAUUUUACAUAUCUUGAAAAUCAUGAAGCUUAUUGGUCAUAUUUUCUUUUGGUGUUCAAAAACUAGUCAUUUAUUGGUUGCUGCUACAGUAUGUUAAUAAAAACUAUGAAAUACAGUA